AUGGCUGCCGCUCACACUUCACGCAGCACAAGCUCCCUCUCCUCAGACCACACACGCGGGCAGAAUGAGGACCGUUUUGCCAAUACACGCGACGGCAAAGUACCGCCUGGCGAAGACCCAAAAUUGUAUGAAAAGGAACGCAUCACGGCUUUUGCCAUUAUUAUUGCACUCGUUGCGGCUGUUGGUGGAUUCAUCUUUGGUUAUGAUACAGGUCAAAUCUCAGGUUUCCUGCAAAUGCGUGACUUUAGGGAGCGCUUUGGAGAGCCAACAGUUGAUGCGACAGGCGGUGUCACGUAUGGCUUUUCAUACGUCCGCGAAGGCGCUAUUGUAGGCUUGCUCUCCGUCGGUACGCUCAUUGGUUGCACAACAGUCGGUUGGAUUGCAGACUCGAAGCUUGGUCGAAAGUACACCAUCAUGUUGGCUUGCUUCAUCUUUUGCGUUGGUAAUGUCAUUCAGAUUGCCUGUGUCCAAUCAUGGGUCCAAAUGGCAAUUGGUCGUUUGAUUGCUGGUCUUGGUGUCGGACAACUCUCUGUGCUUGUUCCACUCUACCAAUCCGAGACAGCUCCUAAGCGGAUCCGUGGUGCACUCGUUGCCACCUAUCAGCUCUUCAUCACAUUCGGUAUUCUUGUUGCAUAUGCCAUCAAUGCCGGUACCGAGACUCUCGACAAUGAUCAGUCAUGGAGGAUCACCAUUGGUAUUGCCUUUGUCUUUGCUUUCGCUUUGGCUGGCGCAAUGAUCUUUAUGCCUGAAUCACCACGAUACUCGCUUGCUCACAACAAGGAAGAACAAGCCGUGCUUGCCAUGGAACGUAUUCGUGGCGUUUCAAGACACAACAUCUACCUCGAGUCGGACUUGAAUGAUAUGCGCGCCGCAAUGAAUGCCGAAGCUGGUCACAACUCUGGCUUCGGCGAGCUCGUGCAUGGAAAGCCCAAGAUUUUCUACAGAGUACUGCUUGGUGUGGCACUCCAGGGAUUCCAACAACUGACCGGUGCCAACUACUUCUUCUACUAUGGUACAACCAUCUUCAACAGUGUCGGUAUUGAAAACUCCUUCAUCACGAGUAUUAUCCUUGGAGCAGUCAACUUUGGCUGCACGCUUGGCGGUAUUGGCAUGUACUACAAGUUUGGACGUCGUUGGCCGCUUAUUCUUGGUGGUAUUUGGAUGUGCAUCUGUUUCUUGGUCUUUGCAUCCAUUGGUAUCACAGUGACUGUCCCAGGCAGUGGAGGUCUGGCCGAUGCACAACCGACAGAGACUGCCGGAUACGUCAUGAUUGUCUUUGCGUGUCUCUUCAUCCUAGGCUUCUCUACAACCUGGUCAACUGGUACGUGGGUCGUCACUUCUGAGCUUUUCCCAACACACAUCCGUGCAAAAGCAGUCGGUUUCACAACUGGUGGUAAUUGGUUCACAAACUUCUUGCUCGCCUUUUUCACACCCUUCAUCAGCGGUGAUAUUGGCUUUGCCUAUGGCUACGUCUUUGCGGGUUGCAACUUGUUGGGUGCUGCGACGGUCUACUUCUUUUUGUAUGAAACCAAGGGACUUAGCUUGGAAGAAGUCAACCAGAUGUAUGGAGACUCAUCCGUCAAACCAUGGAACUCUAGCAAAUGGACACCAAAAGGUCGCGCAGACAGAGGAGAUUACACUGCCGAGGAGCCAAAGCGUGAUGCAAGUGGACAUGUGCGUCACUUGGAAACAACAAAGGCAAAGCCGCAGCCUGUUGUCUAA